UUAGAGAAGACGCGGUCUCGGUACGUGGGCCACGGGCUCCCUAGCCCGCGCCUCUGUUGGUGGAGAACGACCAGACUGAACAGCUGGGCGAAGCGAGCCAGAGCAUUUAGGCCUUCGGGCCCGGGGACCGAGGAGGAUGAGCUGGCUCUUUCCGCUGACCAAAAGCGCCUCUUCCUCCGCAGCGGGGUCUCCGGGUGGCCUCACCAGCCUUCAGCAGCAGAAACAGCGCUUGAUCGAGUCUCUUCGGAACUCUCAUUCCAGUAUAGCUGAAAUACAGAAAGAUGUGGAAUAUAGAUUACCAUUUACUGUAAACAACCUGACGAUUAACAUCAAUAUAUUACUUCCUCCUCAAUUUCCUCAAGAAAAACCAGUGAUCAGUGUCUAUCCACCAAUACGACAUCACUUAAUGGAUAAACAAGGAGUGUAUGUUACCUGUCCAUUAGUAAACAAUUUUACAAUGCACUCAGAUCUUGGAAAAAUUAUUCAGAGUCUGUUGGAUGAAUUUUGGAAAAAUCCUCCAGUUUUGGCUCCCACUUCAACAGCAUUUCCUUACCUAUAUAGUAACCCAGGUGGACUGGCUCCUUAUGCUUCUCAGGGUUUUUCAUUUCUUCCUCCUUACCCCCCACAAGAAGCCAACAGGACUAUCACUUCUGUAUCUGUUGCUGAUACUGUUUCUUCAACCACAAGUUAUACCACAGCCAAACCCGCUGCUCCUUCAUUUGGCAUCCUCUCAAAUCUGCCAUUACCCAUUCCCAUGACAGAUACUUCUGCACCGAUAAACCAGAAUGGUUUUGGUUAUAAGAUGCCAGAUGUCCCUGAUACAUUUCCAGAACUCUCAGAACUAAGUGUGUCACAACUCACAGAUAUGAAUGAACAAGAGGAAGUAUUACUAGAACAGUUUCUAACUCUGCCUCAACUAAAACAAAUAAUUGCUGACAAGAAUGACUUAGUAAAAAGUAUUGAAGAGCUUGCAAGAAAAAAUCUCCUCUUGGAACCCAGCUUGGAAGCCAAAAGGCAAACUGUUUUAGAUAAGUAUGAAUUACUUACACAAAUGAAAUCUACCUUUGAAAAGAAGAUGCAGAGGCAGCAUGAACUUAGUGAGAGUUGUAGUGCAAGUGCCCUUCAGGCAAGAUUGAAAGUAGCUGCACAUGAAGCUGAGGAAGAAUCUGAUAAUAUUGCUGAAGAUUUCUUGGAGGGGAAAACAGAAAUAGAUGAUUUUCUCAGCAGCUUCAUGGAGAAGAGAACAAUUUGCCACUGUAGAAGAGCAAAGGAAGAGAAACUUCAACAGGCAACAGCAAUGCACAGCCAGUUUCAUGCUCCACUAUAG